AUGGGGGCAGGGAGACAGGUCAGACUACUGUUAUGGAAGAACUGGACCGUCCGCAGGAGACAGAGGGUGCGUUUCUUCAUGGAGAUCAUGUGGCCUGUGGUGCUCUUCAUGGGACUAGUGUGGCUAAGAAGAGUGAAUCCACUUUAUCGCCAACAUGAAUGUCAUUUCCCCAACAAGGCCAUGCCGUCCGCCGGGAUCCUGCCAUGGAUCCAAGGAAUCUUCUGCAAUGCCAAUAAUCCAUGUUUUCAGUAUCCGACCCGUGGUGAAUCUCCGGGCCUGGUGUCCAACUAUAACAAUUCCAUAUUGGCUCAGUUUUACUCUGAUGCUCAGGAGCUUCUUUUCAGUGACCCAAACUUUCUGCAGCUUGGUCGCCACUGGAGAGAACUGAAUGCUUUGAGUAACUUCAUGAACUCCCUGCGCACACAUCCUGAACGUUUCUCAGGUUGGGGGAUCAAGGUGGAAUGGAUCCUGAAGGACGAUGAACUGCUGACAGCUUUCCUGCUCAGAGACAUUCCUCUCUCGCCGCCUGUGGUCAACCAGCUCCUUAAUGCACAAAUAAGACCUGAACAGUUUGCCUUUGGGGUCCCAGACCUGCAUUUAAAGGACAUUGCCUGCAGCCUGACCCUGCUAGAUCGAUUCCUCAUUUUCCCAACCCGAAGAGGACUCUACGCCGUUCGAAACGCCAUGUGCAUCCUUCCUGCACAGCGGCUGCAGAUCAUCGAGGACAAGUUCUAUGCCAAUGUGGACUUCUUCAAGCUCUUCCGGCUGCUUCCUCUGGAGCUGGACAAACACUCUGAAGGCAUCGACAUCCGCUUAUGGGUCCGGGUCAUCUCUGCAGCCUCAGAAAAACUGAGAGAGUUGUACCAAAGGAAAAGCACCAGGGAGCUCCUGAAGGUUGUGACUCCUCUCCUGCAGAACAACUUGUCCUUCAGGCAGGUGAUGACCGCUGCCUCCAGCCUUGUCUGUGGUUACUCUGAGGGCGCUUUCUCCAGGGUAACCUCCUUUAACUGGUACGAGGACAACAACUACAAAGCCUUUCUGGGAAUCAGCAGUGGGAAGACACAGAACAACUACGAAUACGACAACAGCACCACUCCUUUUUGCAAUGAUCUGAUGAGAGGGCUUGAGUCAAACCCUGCCACCAGAAUCCUGUGGAACUCUGUGAAGCCCAUGCUGAUGGGACAGAUCCUCUACGCUCCCGACUCACCGGCUGUCAGGCGGAUAAUACGAAAUGCAAACACAACAUUUGAAGAGCUGGAGCGACUCAGGACAAUGGGGAAGGCCUGGGAGGAAGUGGCCCCACAGAUUUGGUCUUUUUUCCAAGAUGGCAUCCAGGUCAAGAUGAUACGGGACACCAUCCGUAAUCCCUCAGUAAUGGAUUUUAUUGACCGGACUCUAGAUGAAGCUCCUUUCUCCUCCAAACACAUCCUCAACUUCCUGCACAAUGGCCCACCAGGGGAGCGCCCUCCUGAUGUUCCUGAUUUUGACUGGAGAAACAUUUUCAACCUCACUGACCGAGUCAUAAGGAUGCUCAACCAAUACGGAGAUUGUGUAAACCUGGAUAAGUUUGUGGCUCUGCCUGACGAGGAUACAGUCACUUUUCGGGCCUUGGAUUUGCUGAAAGACUCAAAGUUCUGGGCAGGACUUGUUUUUGUGAAUAUGUACCCCUGGACCACCAACGUCCCACCUCAUGUGAAGUUCAAGAUCAGGAUGGACAUUGAUGCUGUGGAGCGGACCAACAAGGUUAAAGACAGGUACUGGGACCCUGGCCCCCGAGCUGACCCCAUGGAUGACUUGCGUUAUGUUUGGGGAGGUUUUGCGUACCUGCAGGACAUCAUCGAGCAUGGCAUCAUAAAAACCCACACCGGGAAGGAGUGGCCUUUGGGAGUUUACCUGCAGCAGAUGCCCUACCCGUGUUAUGUGGAUGAUCUCUUCAUGCUAACAUUGAACCGCUGUUUCCCCAUCUUCAUGGUGCUGGCCUGGGUCUACUCUGUGUCCAUGAUAGUGAAGAGUAUAGUCCUGGAGAAGGAGCUCCGCCUAAAGGAGACCAUGAAGGCCAUCGGGGUUACAAAUGGGGUCAUCUGGUCCACCUGGUUCAUUGACAGCUUCCUAAUGAUGGGCACCAGCACCGCUCUCCUCACUGCCAUCAUCAUGGGGGGUCGAGUCCUGAACUACAGCAACCCCUUCAUCCUCUUCCUCUUUUUGCUCACCUUCACUACAGCGACCAUCAUGCAAUGCUUCCUUCUCAGCGUCUUCUUCAACCAGGCCAACCUGGCGGCCGCCUGCUGUGGCAUCAUUUACUUCACUCUCUAUCUGCCACACAUCCUCUGCUUCGCCUGGCAGGAGCACAUCACAAAGGACAUGAAGAUCCUGGUGAGUCUCCUUUCCCAGGUGGCUUUUGGUUUUGGGACAGAAUACCUGUCCAGGUACGAGGAGCAGGGUCUGGGUCUGCAGUGGGACAACAUUGAGACAAGUCCACUUGAAGGGGAUGAGUUCUCUUUUCUCACCUCUAUCUGCAUGAUGGGCCUGGACACGGUGCUGUAUGCCGUGCUCGCCUGGUACCUGGACAAUGUCUUCCCUGGGCAGUAUGGAAUCGGUCGACCAUUUUAUUUUCCUUUCCUACCCUGUUAUUGGCUCAACACUGUGACUCCAGUUUCAGACAAAAAGGCUUUUCUUAACCUGGCAAACAAAGUGCAACGACAGCAGCCGAAGGAGGAGAAAGAGGAGAAAAAUCAAGAGAAAGACAGGGAAGAAAUCCAUAGCGAAGACCAAGAAGAGGAGCAGAGACAAGAUGAGGAGAACAACCAGGAGAAACCGAGGACUCCGGAGAAAGACCAGGAGAAAAGUGAAGAUAAUGACAAAGAGCAGGAGAGACCAAACGGCCUGGAGAAAGAGCAGGAGAAAAAUCAAGAUCCAGAGAAAGAGCAGGAGAGACGGAGGAUUUUGGAGAAGAUGGCGUCAUGUGAACAUCAAGAUCAGCGGGAGAGGAUGGAAAAGGAGAAGCAGGACCAUGAGCAUGAAGACAAAGAAGGUCAGCAGUUCUUUGAAGCAGAUCCACCUGAUCUGGUGAAAGGUGUCUGUAUUCAAGAUCUGGUCAAAGUGUUCAGUGACAGCUCCACGCCUGCUGUGGACGGACUCACCCUCAACUUUUAUGAGAGUCAGAUUACUGCUUUUCUGGGUCACAAUGGAGCAGGGAAGACCACCACCAUGUCCAUUCUGACAGGUAUGUUCCCUCCCACCUCUGGAACAGCCACCAUCUAUGGGAAUGACAUCCGCACAGACAUGGACACCAUCCGUCUGUCUCUGGGAAUGUGUCCCCAGCACAACAUCCUUUUUCAGCACAUGACAGUAGCAGAGCACAUCCUCUUCUACUCAUUACUAAAAGGCCGUCCUCAAGCAGAGGCCGAGGAGGAGGUGGAGAACAUGCUUCAGGAUCUGGGUCUGCCACACAAGAGAGACGAACUGACUCAAAACCUCUCAGGUGGCAUGCAGAGGAAGUUAUCCGUCGCCUUGGCAUUUGUCGGCGGGGCUAAGGUGGUGAUUCUGGAUGAACCAACUUCAGGAGUGGACCCGUACUCCAGACGCUCCAUCUGGGAUCUGCUGCUCAAAUACCGUGCAGGACGCACAGUGAUCAUGUCCACUCACCACAUGGAUGAAGCCGACCUUCUCAGCGACCGGGUGGCCAUCAUCUCUCAGGGCCGUCUCUACUGCUGUGGCUCGCCCAUCUUCCUCAAAAACUGCUUUGGAGCUGGAUUCUACCUCACUCUUGUUUUUCAUGCACAUUUUGUUCUGCAGGGGAGCUGUGACUGUACAAAGGAGUGUUCCUGUAAAUGCUCAACAUGUUCAAAGUUUAAAGCUGACCAGGAGAAGAAGCCUGACAGACAACUGGAUGGUAAUGUAGAGGCCAUCACAGCUCUGAUCCAUCACCACGUGCCGCAGGCUCGUCUCAUUGAGGCCAUCGGCCAGGAGGUGACCUACCUCCUCCCUAACAGAAACUUCCAGCCUCGAGCGUACGCCAGCCUGUUCAGAGAGCUGGAGGAGACCCUGGAGGACAUCGGCCUCAGCAGCUUUGGAGUGUCUGACACGUCCCUCGAAGAGAUCUUCUUAAAGGUCACUGCUGAUGGGAAUGCAACCAACAGGAAAUGCAUACAAGAGAAGAAAUCAUUGAAGCACAUCUCUCGCUCUUCACUCUGUGGAUUCAAUAGAGUGGCUGUUAAUAUGGAGCCUACAGAAGACGGGGUCUUGCAGACCAAUGGUCAGGGUCCAUGUGAUGUCCCAGGAGGCUCUGAUGGCUGUGGGUCUUACCAAGUCAGAGGACUUAGUCUGACCAUGAAACAGUUCAUCGCUCUGCUUAUAAAGAGGCUGCAUCACGCCACACGCUCCUACAAAGACUUCUUUGCACAGAUUGUGCUUCCAGCCAGUUUUGUCUUCUUGGCACUCACCUUCACUUUGAUUGUUCCACCUUUUGGGGAGUAUCCAAGUCUAACUCUCAGUCCAUGGAUGUACGGGAGACAGUACACCUUCUUUAGUAAUGAGCACCCUGUGGAUGCUCAGAUGAGAUAUUUUGCUGAAGUGCUGUUGGAUAAACCUGGCUUUGGGACUCGCUGCAUGGCAGAGGAACCUUUGGAAGAUUUUCCAUGCAACAACAUCACUACAGAGUGGGAGAUGGGGCUGGUUGAUCCUGCCCUGAUUGACCUGUUGGCUGGUCCAAAGUGGAACGCUCUCAGACCGUCUCCAGACUGUCAGUGCAGCACCCCCCAAAAACUCACCAUGUUACCUGUGUGUCCUGAGGGGGCCGGAGGUCUGCCACCUCCACAGAGGAUCCAGUCUACAGGAGAUGUUCUUAUGGAUCUUACAGGCAGAAACAUCUCUGACUACCUGGUGAAAACUUAUCCAAGCCUCAUCAGAACCAGCUUGAAAAGCAAAUAUUGGGUGAAUGAACAAAGGUAUGGAGGUAUAUCAGUGGGAGGACAGCUCCCUGUUUUAGAUCUGCAGCCCAAGACCAUCCAGGAAGUGGCAGUACAGCUGGGACGACUGCUCAAUGUUACCGGGGGGAAAUACUCCAGACAAACUCUGAAGGACAUCGGAAUAUUUCUCAAGCACAUGGAGACUGAAAACAAUGUCAAGGUGUGGUACAACAAUAAGGGCUGGCAUGCCAUGGUUGCCUUCAUGAAUGUGGCGAACAACGCCAUCCUCCGAGCUAAUCUCCCAAAAGAUGCCAACCUGGACAGAUAUGGAAUCACUGCCAUCAACCAUCCUCUGAACCUCACCAAAGAGCAGCUCUCUGAGAUCACCGUCCUCACCACCUCUGUGGACGCCGUGGUGGCCAUCUGUGUCAUCUUCGCCAUGUCCUUUGUUCCAGCCAGCUUUGUCCUCUAUCUAAUUCAGGAGAGGGUAACACAGGCCAAACACCUGCAGUUUGUCAGUGGUGUCAGCCCAUUGGUUUACUGGAUGGCCAACUUCAUCUGGGACAUGCUGAAUUACACCAUCAGUGCAGUGAUGGUCGUGGAAAUCUUCAUCUUCUUUGAUAAGAAGUGCUACACCUCGAGAAACAACCUCCAACCACUGAUCGCUCUGCUCAUGCUCUAUGGCUGGUCUGUGACUCCCAUGAUGUACCCCAUGUCCUUCAUAUUCAGCGUUCCCAGCACCGCCUACGUCUCUCUGUCCUGCAUCAACCUCUUCAUCGGCAUCAACAGCAGUGCCAUCACCUUCAUCCUCGACCUGUUUGAGGGCACCUCAGCUCUGUACAAACUCAACCAGCUGCUAAAGACAGUGCUGCUUGUCUUUCCCCAUUACUGCCUGGGAAGAGGUCUCAUAGACAUGGCCAUAAACCAGGCCAUGACUGAUGUCUUUGCUCGCUUUGGUGAAGAUUACAGUCCAGACCCAUUUGAUUGGGACUUUCUUGGGAAGAACCUAUUCUGUAUGGCCAUGGAAGGACUUAUCUAUUUCAUCCUAAACCUUCUCCUUCAGUAUCGUUUCUUCCUUGAUCACUGGAUUUCAGAGGGACCACAGCCUUUUAUUUUAAAUGAAGAUUUAGACGUGGCUCAGGAACGAGAGAGGAUCUAUGAGAGUGAAAAAUCAAAUGACAUAUUACGCAUACGAGACCUAACCAAGACAUACCCAGGAACAAUAAUCCCUGCAGUGGACCGCAUCUGUGUGGGCGUCUCACCAGGAGAGUGUUUUGGUCUUCUGGGAGUGAACGGAGCAGGAAAGACCACAACCUUUAAGAUGCUGACAGGAGACAUAGAAGUCACAUCAGGGGAGGCUUCAGUUGCUGGUCACAGUAUUUUGACAAGCAUCCUGGACGUCCAUCAGAACAUGGGGUACUGUCCUCAGUUUGAUGCCAUUGAUGAGCUGCUGACAGGCCGAGAACAUCUUCAUCUAUACGCCCGACUCAGAGGAGUCCCAGAGCACGAGAUCAGCAGGGUUGCCGAGUGGGCGAUCCAGAAGCUGGGUCUGUCAGAGUACGCUGGUCACAGUGCCGGGACGUACAGCGGAGGGAACAGGAGGAAACUGUCCACAGCCAUCGCCAUGAUCGGCUGUCCUGCUCUGGUGCUUCUGGAUGAACCCACCACAGGCAUGGACCCUCUGUCCAGACGCUUCCUGUGGAACUCCAUCAUGAGUGUCAUUCAGGACAAACGUGCUGUGGUCCUCACCUCACACAGUAUGGAGGAAUGUGAGGCACUGUGUACACGCUUAGCUAUCAUGGUGAACGGAUCCUUCAAGUGUUUGGGAACCACUCAGCAUCUCAAAUACAAGUUUGGUGACGGCUAUGUAGUGACCAUGAAGAUCAGGUCAGCUAAAGCAGGCUUCCCUCCUGAUCUAAACCCUGCUGAAGCAUUCAUGGAAAGCACGUUCCCCGGCUCCAUCCAGAGAGAGAAACACUACAACACACUUCAGUACAAGGUCCCCUCAUCCUCACUGGCUAAGAUCUUUCAGAUGGUGCUGGCUAACAAAGAAAGUCUGAAAAUAGAGGACUACUCAGUGUCCCAGACCACUCUGGACCAGGUUUUUGUGAAUUUUGCCAAACAACAGUCAAGAGAAGAUGACACCAUCGUUCUGCAUCCUAAAGCUGCUGGAGUUCAGAGUUACACUGAACAGACAACCAUCAAGUCUUUGGAGAAGAAAUCUUAA